GAGGAAAAAUCGUUUGUUUCUCGAGUGGAGCGCCGAUUAAAAUUCGUUUCCUCUUGAAAUUUCAGGCAUAAUUAUCGGAAAAAAUGUCGUCCGCUUUCAAACAGGCGAAGAAAAAGUAUUCGCAGCAGGAGCUGCGUCGUAUAAUGAGCGAAACGAAGGCCGCCAAGCAACUGCAGCAACCGGAGGACAGCCACACACGACGGAUCGAUUCGCCGCUAGCAAAGUACAACGAUGCAGGUCAGCUGUCCUGCGUGCUCUGCCGAUCGGUGGUACGAUCGGAAGCAGUGUGGAAAGUGCAUAUUAACUCCAAGCAACAUAAAGAAAAUAUUGAAUUGGCAAAACAGCUGAAAAAUGCCCCACCACCGCCAAAAAAAUCGUCAGCAUCGGCUUCUUCCGUUGCCGGCAACAGUGAAGUUUUAGUGCCCCAGAAACGGUCCGCCACGGUGGGAUCCAGCACAGACGAUGUUGUACCGCCGAAGAAGCUCAAAGGAAUACUGAAAACGUCGGCCACACAUGAACCGGAACAGAAUGGUGCUUUACCGGAUGACUUUUUCGACAAUACCACAGCUCCGUCUAGUAUAAGAAAGGAACUGGUCAACAUAAGGUUGCCCGAAAGGAACCGAGACCAAAAAGCGGAGCCCAUGGAACAGGAUGCGGCGGACACCGAGACUGCUGGUGCUGUGUCAGCGGCCGAUGACGAGGCACUACCGGAAGGCUUUUUCGAUGAUCCCAAAAUGGAUGCCAAGGCGCGUAACCAAGAGUACAAGGAUCCAAACGAUGAAGAGUGGGAUAAGUUCCAGAAGGAGAUCAAAGAAGCAACCAGCGUUUCCAUGGCAAUCAUAAGCGAAGAGCAGGAAGAAUCUACAGCCGAGCGUCAAAUCGCCGAAAUAGACGAACAGAUUCGCAACUGGUCACGUGUGCUCGAUCUGGAGAAGCAAAAGGAACGGGUCAAAGCGGUCAAGGGAGGUGUAGGUCAGCGUUCCACUAGAGCAAACGGUAACGUGAAUGGUGCUAGCGAAUUAGCUGUCGGGAACCCCUCUGCACCACAAGCUGGAAAGGAAGAGGACGACGACGAGGAUGACGAUGAUGAUGAAGAGUUUGACGAGUUUUUGGAUUGGAGAUCGAAGAAAUCGUACAAAUAAACGUUGUAGCCGUUUGCUAU